AUGCCAUCCAAAGGUCGACAUUUGCCAAACUGUAAUGAAUUGUACUUUGAUCCUACUCAUUAUAGGAGCAUUAUUGGUGGUCUUCAGUAUCUCACAUUCACAAGACCUGACAUUUCCUAUAGUGCUAACUUUGUAUGUCAAUUCAUGCAUGCUCCUACCUUGGCCCAUUACAAGCUUGUUAAAUGUAUCUUGCGCUAUGUUUGUGGUACUACUCACCUUGGUAUGUGCAUUUUAGCCUCUAGCACCCUUGAUCUUUAUGUAUUUUCCGAUGCAGAUUGGGCAGGUUGCCCUACUAGUCGUCGCUUUACAAUUGGUUUUUGCACUUUCCUUGGUGGUAACUGUAUAUCUUGGAAUGCUAAGAAACAAUCAAUAGUUGCUAGGUCUAGUGCUGAAGCCGAGUACCACUCCAUGGCAUCUACUGCAGCUGAACUCACAUGGCUACAAUUCACUCAAUGA